CACUCGACGCUCCUCGACUACGAUUCAAUAGCGAUACCCGCGUCGUCGCCGACGGCCGUUCCUCACCAUCCACCAUUGCUCACUUCACCACCACCGACAACAACGCCCACAUUCAUGGACUGCGCCCGUCCGGCCACGUUCACGCCUUUUGACCAAUCCACUUAGCCUCCUCAACCCCAGUGACGGAACCGUCGUUGCCUUUUCCUCGUGGUUGCUAUGAGCAACACGCAAGAAUGGACAUGGAACGCCCGCUCCGCCAACUGCUUGCGGACGAGCUCGCCGCUGAGCAUACUGUCCAGUACAUGCUGAACAACUUCCACGCACAGCAUUUUGACGAAGUCAGGAAUGCCUUCGCAGCCUAUACCGCCUAUGUCGCCGGCAUCGUGCCCCUCGACUUCGAGCAUGCCGAAGAGCACGAGUUGCGCUUGUGGUGUGCCCAUUCGCUGGGCAGGAAGCGCUUCCACAAAGUGCUCAGGGAUUUUAGAAAGAAUGAACCGCAGGAGCAUAUCCAGACCAAAUUCAUAGUCAAGGCCUACCUGACCUGGCUCAAGCAGAGCGAGAAAUUUUACCGCUCUUACAUCGCCAUGCUAAGCGAUGCGGCUGGCGGAAUCCACGAGCUCCAGCUCAUUGCGCACCUCCCGACUGGGGACGGUGCUGGUCUCCACGCACCCAGAGACAUCACACCAUCCCGGCGCGACACGAUUCUCAGCUCCUGUCAUCGCGCUCUGAUCAGUCUUGGGGAUCUGUCUCGGUAUCGCGCUAGUGAGAAGCUGGACAGACAUCCUGACUUUGGUCGGGCCUUUGGCUACUACGGCCUGGCGACCACCAUCAAGCCGUUUGCUGGAGUGGGCCACCAUCAACAGGCCGUGAUUUGCCUUGAGCAGCGCAAUCACCUACGCGCGAUCUACCAUUUGUAUCGCUCCAUGACGGUGGCCGAGCCUCAUCCCUUAGCCGAAAAGAAUCUUCGUUUGGAGAUCGACCAGGCCAUUGCCGCAUACGAUAAAGGUGAACUCAUUGUGAAGCGUGCACCGAACGACCCGGACGCAGCCAAGCUUUCACUUGUCGGUUGGUUCGUGCGACUUCAGAGCAUGUGCUACCAAGGCAGGCCCUUCCGUGAACACGAGCAGCUCGAACGCGAGGUGCUUGCUCAGCUCUCCAAUGUGCUCAAACAGCGACCAUUGAACGGGGCUUUUUAUCGCAUGGUAUCGGUCAAUAUUUCAGCUCAGCACAUCGCUGGCGAACGCUUUCAGUUGUUCAAGACCGAGGAGCUUCGGCUGAGCUUCCUGUUCUAUCUUCGCCUGAACUUGAAAACCUUCACGACUCUUCUCAACCUCUUUUGCAACGACCUCCGGAACCUGCUCCGUGGCAUGGUGACGCAUGAUCAUCCCCUGAUUUUCAAAUUGACCGAAAUAUGCUGUCGGCUGUUGCCCCAACUGCGUGUUUAUAACAACUGGCUCUUCACGAUGGUUGAAAUGCUUCACGGCGUGGCAAACUAUGAGUUCGUCGCUGAAUCUGUUGGCCAAUUCUGGCCGAUCUACGGCAGAGCCAUCGACCUCAUAUGCCAGGCAUUCCCAAUUUGGGAGUUCGAGGAUAUGAACGUGGUCGAGUACCUGCUUGAGGAAGACGUGGAGACCCUUGGUUUCUUGCCGCUCCUGUCCGACACAAUGCCUCAAACCCGCAAGACCUGGUUUAGUCAAGCCACAGGCAAUCAAAAGCCGCGCUACUAUGAUCCGGGUGUUGUGCGUUUGUCGGUCAAUGAAGAGAUGCUUUAUCGCAUGUACGAUUUCAUGGCUGGCGGACUGAACAUCGCUGAGAUAGACAUCACUCCAGUGCACAUUCAACACCCAGGGACCAGGGUGUAUUAUGGAAGCCCAGACAACAUUGAAGCCCUGACUUCGCCAGAGCCUGGAUACCAACCAGAGCCGCCACCGAAAAAGACCGUCCAGCCCGAGCGUGUUAGCUAUGCUACUGCAGCUGCGAAAGGACGCGCUGAGAAAGCCGUCCAGCGGCCAGUUCCGAGCGAGCCGACUAUGGCUAAGAUCCAGGCCCAGUUCGCUCAGGCUGCACGCAUGGUCCACAAUCUGGUCGAGGACGACGAUGAAAUUGCUCCGGUCAACGAUGAUAACAACCCAGUGACGCCGCCGCAGCUGCUCGCAACUGCACCAGCCAUUGUCACCAAUGGCGAGCUGCCGAUGCAUGGGCAGGAUAUGGCGUACGAUAUCUCGGUCAAAUCUUCCCCAAAGAUCGGAACGCCCUGGAAUAAUCACUACAAUGCACGUCCCAAGGUGGCCUCCACAUCCGCGGGAGCUUGGAGACGCCCAGAUAACAGCCCAGCCGCGAACUUGACUGGACAAGCUGAGCGUCUUCAUUCGGAACGCCUUCACACGGCCUCCAAAUUCUCGGAUGGACUCUCUGGAACUUCGUCGUUCCCGGCAGACCUGCCAACGGGCAGCAUGGCCUCCCCAGUCAAUGGCAUCCCAGGUGGCCACGCUCGCGUCAACUCUGCGAGUAGUGCUCGCAGCAAGAAUUCCCUCGGCACGGUCGACCCGUGGGCUUCCAGCCAUCCGGUUGAUCCAUGGGCGCCCCGCGUCCUGUCUGAUGGUCCCGAGAUGACGUCCAGUCUGGACCAGAACAACAUGUCGAGCAUUCUUCUGUUCGGUGCUGGAAACAGCCCGUGGAGCACAGGCGUGCAGCCUGGCUUCGGCCAUCCGCGCCAGCAGUUCGGUCCCGGUGGCUGAUCGUAAGUCAAGCAGAGAAGCAAUCCGCUUCUGACAGACCUCACCACCAUUAGCAUCCAGUAGAGGAUAGAUCUAGGCACCAUGCUGCCCCGCCCGCACUUCACCUCCGAGCACUCAUAUACUGCAACAACUUCGACGACUUCUCUCUCUAUCUCCACCCUCCUCCUCGCAAAAGAGGAACAGACUUGUGGACACCGACGCGAUUGAUUCUGCGAAGAAGUGCAAUCACAUUGGGCGACACGAGACUCCGAACGGGCCGCCAUUCACGGCUGGCCGGUUUAAUUAUUGGAACGAGAGGAGAAGGCGCGAGACACUUGGCGUGCUUACCCACUGCGUGCGAGAGCGGCAUCAGACGACAGGGCAUGUCAUGUAUGCUUCCUGUGCUUUCUGAACCGCUCCCACUCGAUUGCGAACAUGCCAUUGACUUGGAAUGUUUCCAGCAGACUUUGAUUCACAGUACGACAGACAUUCGUUAUGCGCAGGAGAUUAACUAGGCAAAAGUAGGUACAUGUAAACAGACAAAAAACAAAUGGGAACAGAAAAUUGCUUUGAUACUGUGCAGUGGACUCGUGGGGCGUUGUGGAGUUUGCUGAUGACAC